CCGGACUCUCUACUCCUCAUCCAUCUGAACGGGGACUGACGGUCGCGGAUUACCUACUAUCCCAAUUCACGCGAGACGGAACCCUUUGCCAACAUCAGAAAACACCAAAGAGAUGGCGUUCUGGGGUCACAUUGCGGAAUGGGGCGCGAGCACCGUUGCCCCAGCUGUGGUUGGUCUUGUGAUGAACGCCAAAGAACAUGCCGAGCAGGUUGGCGGUCAGGCUGCGGAAUGGGCAGCUAAUGAGGUGGCUCCUCGUGCGGUCGGCCUUGCGAUGGAAGCGCAGAAGCAUGCUGAACAGGUCGCGGAAUGGGGUGCAAAGGAGGUUGCUCCUCGUGCUGUCGGUCUGGCAAUGGAGGCACAGAAGCAUGCUGAGCAGGUGGCUCCCGCCGUUGUUGGCCUUGCCAUGAACACCAAGGACCAUGCCGAGCAGAUCUCCGGAGUUGUCGCCCACUGGAGUACCCACCACUUCGUUCCUGCUGCCAGCGGAUUAGCUCACAACGCUGCGGAAGUUACAAAGAACGUGGAACAGCAUUAUGAGCAGGCCUCCCCAGCCGAACGAUGGAUCACACGUGUAAUAGUCACCGCUAGCCUGACUGUGGUCGCCGAAGGUUUUGGUAUACCACUUCCCAAGUUGCUCAUCGGUCCCAUCCUCGAUGCUGCUGGCUUGAGUACCGGUAAAGCUGCCGAUGGUCUGACUGCAGAAUCAGGCGCUGCUCAGGUAUCGCAGCCACGUUCAGUUGUGGCAUCUUUGGGUCCUGACGCUGGGGCAACCCGGAAAGAAAUGGGAAACGACGCGAUCGGUACCUGGUUGACAGUCGCAGCGUUUGCACUUUCUCUUGAAAACCUUGUCGGGUUCACGGCAUGGUUAUAGCUGAGUGAAUUCUGAAGGAGGAAUUAUGUAAAGGUUGGCAGGCACUCCCAUUUACAAUUGCUGGCUCGGCCCUACCAAUUUCCCCCGCUAUUGACUUCAAGACAGUGGCAGUCCUUUUUUUUCUUUUAAUAAAAAAAUUUUU